AAUUCUUGUUCUUUAACAUUUGAAAGCAACUUUUGAACAUUUAUUUUCAACAUAAGUAGUUUCUUCCCAAACUGAUGAAGAUCAUAAAGUGGUUUAACUCUUCUGAUGAGUGUGACUGGAUGUGGAACCAUAGCUUUAUUGAUUACUUGGUUUCUAAUCUAAGCUGCAUAAUUUGACUUCUUGAAUCCAAUGGAUACCAACUGAGUAUCUCUAAUCACAAGAAUUUCCAGGAACCUUUCUAUGUUGCAGGUCAAAUAGUGCAAAAUUGAAAAGAGUUAAAAGAAACAUGUGUAUUAGUUUUGCCCUCUCAUUCACUUGGACAGAGUUCCAUGUUGGAAAGUAAAAGUCCACCUUUGGAACACUAUUUUUCACACUUGUAGGCCUAUUAGUUGAACUUGAGCUUUUCUCAUUUUCAAUAAAUUAGAGGGUUUAGUAUUGGUUCAUUAUUUUGUUGCUAGUGCAAUAUGAACACUGCACUUUUACCCUUUUUUGUCCUCUCACUAAUUUUAUUUUUUGCUUUACACAAAUCCUGCUUUGCAAUUGAUAACAAUACCAUUACAGUAGCUCAAUCUGUUGUUGACGGUGAAACUAUAACUUCUUCCCCCGAUGGAAUCUUCAAACUUGGCUUCUUUAGCCCUUCUAAUUCUAGCAGUCGUUAUGUCGGAAUUUGGUAUAAUAACAUUCCAGAGCAGACCAUUGUAUGGGUUGCCAACAGAGAUAACCCAAUAAAAGAUUCUUCCGGAGUUUUAAGUAUAGCCGGGGAUGGGAAUCUUGUGGUUUUGGAUGGGCGUGGGAUUGUUCUUUGGAGUACUAAUCUUACUAAUGUUGCCUCUAAUAAUACAAUGGCAAAGUUACUGGAUACAGGGAAUCUGGUUUUGCGGGAUGUGGAGGAUGACGAAAAGAUCCUAUGGCAGAGCUUUGAAAACCCCACAGACACAUUCCUGGCAACGAUGACGCUUGGUGGCAGUAGGAGGACUGGCAAGAGACAAGGGCUUACAUCAUGGAAAAGUGAGUCUGAUCCAUCAACUGGCAUCUUUUAUCUUGGGCUAGAGCUUACAGACAUUCCUCAGCUGGUGAUUUGGAAUGGAUCUAAACGGCAUUGGCGUAGUGGUCCGUGGAACAAUAAAAACUUCAUUGGCACCCCUGCAAUGCCGUCUGCUUAUUCAAAUGGAUUCUUUAUUAGCAACGAUGAUCCAGAAGACAAUGUCUAUUUCAGCUUCAAAUUUACAGACAAUAGUGUCAGAAGAUUUGCUCUGAGUCAUCUUGGGGAAACAUUUGGAGAGGCUUUGAUCGAGAACAAAUGGAAGCAAUUUUGGUCCACCAAUAAGAAUAAAGAGUGUGAUGUCUACGGAAAGUGCGGUGCUUUUGGAAGCUGUAAUAUUUUGGAAUCACCAAUUUGUAGUUGUUUGAGAGGGUAUACUCCCAGGUUUAAUGAUGAAUGGAGCAAGGGAAAUUGGUCAGGUGGGUGCUUGAGAAAGAGCAAACUCAAGUGCAAGAGAAAUGAAACUGGUAAUAGCAACAAAGGGGUGAAAGAAGAUGGUUUUGUAACGAUGAAUAAUAUGAAAGUUCCUGACUUUGCUUAUUGGUUAGGGAGUUCCUUGAACGUCGAAAAGUGUGAGCAGGAGUGUUUAAACAAUUGUUCCUGUUUAGCUUAUUGGCAUGAUAGUGGUGUUGGCUGCUUGACAUGGAGUGGAAAUUUGGUUGACAUCUCCAAGUUCUCUGAAGGUGGGGUUGAUCUUAACAUUCGAGUAGCUCAUUCAGAACUCGAUAGGAAAAAGAAUACAAAGGCAAUUGUCAUAGCCAGUGUCCUUAUUGGAGCAUUUGUAAUCGGUGGGUGCACAUACCUCUGUUGGAGGUGGAUGACAACACAAAAAGGAAAGCAGAAGAAAGACAUGGAAACUUCAUUAUUCCAGAAGGACUACGAAUCUUCGGAUCCAAAUAUGCUUACUGCAGACAAUCCAGAUCUUAAUUUUUUCAAAUAUGAGACUCUAGCUAUUGCUACAAACAAUUUUAUCGGAGCUAAUAAGCUUGGCGCAGGAGGUUUUGGUCCAGUGUACAAGGGAACAUUAGCGGAUGGGCAAGAAAUAGCAGUGAAAAGGCUCUCGAAGGGCUCUGUACAAGGUUUGGAAGAGUUUACGAAUGAAGUUAUAGUGAUCUUAAAACUCCAGCACAGGAAUCUCGUUAGGCUGUUGGGUUGUUGUGUCGAAGGGGAUGAAAAGAUGCUGAUAUAUGAGUACAUGCCUAAUAAGAGCUUGGAUGCUUAUCUUUUCGACCCCGCAAAACGAGCACUCUUGGACUGGAGAAAGCGAUUCCAGAUUAUCGAGGGAAUAAGUCGAGGGACUCUCUAUCUUCAUAGAGAUUCUAGAUUAAGAGUGAUUCAUAGAGAUCUGAAGGCUAGUAACAUUUUGCUGGAUGAGCAGCUGCAUCCAAAAAUCUCAGACUUUGGUAUGGCAAGGAUAUUUGGUGGCAAUGAACUAGAAGCAAAUACUAUAAGGGUCGUCGGUACAUAUGGAUAUAUGCCCCCUGAGUACGUUAUGGAAGGACAAUUUUCAGAGAAAUCUGAUGUUUUCAGUUUUGGAGUGUUGCUAUUGGAGAUUGUGAGUGGAAAGAGAAAUAGUAGUUUUUACUACGAGGAGACGCCGUUAAGCUUGUCGGGAUAUGCAUGGCAAUUGUGGAAUGAACAGAAGUUGCAAUCUUUUAUUGACCCAUCUUUGUUGUCUGAGCCAAUUUUCGAGGCCGGAAUUUUGAGAUGCAUCCAUGUAGGGUUGCUGUGUGUUCAAGAUUUCGCAAAAGACCGGCCGAAUAUGUCUACCACACUCUCGAUGCUUGUUAGUGAAAUUGCAGUUUUGCCUAUCCCAAAACAACCUGCAUUUAUGGAACGACGGAUAUCUACAAACUCAAAUUUGCCCGCGAAGAGCCAAAAUGCAUGGUCUAUAAACAACUUGAGUAUAACGAAUGUCGAGGGCCGUUAAAGUAGCAAUAUUGGUGAUUAUACCUUACAUUUAGGCAUUUGCUUGUAUAGUUUGGCGUAUUUUGAAAUACUGUCCAUUCCUUGAAAUGUAAUUACUGACUGAUAUGUGCAUGCAAAUUUGAACCAUGUCUGAUACGAAAUGUUACUCAAAGUUUGGAGUAUGUUACUUGCUAAAA